AUGCGUACCGAAACCGUUCCCAAGUCUGAUAAGGAUAAUCUGUUUGAUGGAUGGCCUUCUCUCUUUGUACACGUUGUUGAGGGUUUAAAGUGCUUUUCUAAAAUAACCCCGAUGGAAGGCUUUCCAAGAGAUCAAGAGAAGUUAAGACUUCGAAAAUGUCUUUCUGCUUACAGAUGA